AUUUCCACAGCUUUGCUGCUCAGACUGCAGUUGCGUUUGCUUUUCUGAGGGGGAAGUUGCUGGCGGCUCGCAGCGGAAGGCUCUCCUCUCUCCCCCCCCUCUCUCUCUCUCCCCGGCGGCGGCUGGGCAGUGGAAUUAUGAGCAGAGCUGACCCAGCCUCUAACACCCUGUCUUGAGUCCAUUUGUUCUUCCCACCGAAACAAACCAAAUCCACCAUGGAGACUGGAGUCCGCAUCCUUCUGGCUUUUCUCAUCCACCAGAUUGUUCAUGUCAGUGGCCAAGAGGACGGAGGCCACGAGGCCUGUGUGGCUGGCUUCCAGGUCAAAAACUACCAGGUGGUGUACAGCGGACCUUUCCAGAAGGGCCAACCACUGUUGCAAGUUGAGUUUGAUGACUGUGCGGGGAACGAGGAUGUGACGUUUGAUGUGUCAGAUCCCAGCUUCCACGUCGAUCAGCAUCUGAAUCUGGUCCCUCAACAAGACGUUUCAUACAGUGGGCCCGUCAUGCUUAUCCACGGGUUCGGGGCACAUGCAGACGACCUGGCUCAGGUGGAUGUCAUUGGACUCCCGGUUGAGUCAGCACACACUCUCAGGGAUGUUCCCGGUCUUCGCCAAAAGCUACCCGAUAGAUCCAAGAGAUCCCUUCUGGUCCCCGGGAUGCCUGUCACUGAGAACCUGAGGGGUCCUUUUCCCAGACUCAUUGGAAAGUCACAUGUCAUUUCUCCAGCAAAGCCAGGGAACCACAUUUUCCGACUGGCUGGCCCCGGUGCUGACCAGGAACCUCGAGGUCUUUUCACCAUCGACAUAAACAGCGGAGAUGUGUCGGUCAGUCGCCCGUUGGACCGAGAGGCCAUCGACUCGUACGAGCUGGAGGUCUUCACCACAGACUAUGCUGGAAACAUCAUGGAGUACCCCGUCAAACUUGUGAUCACUGUCAUCGACCAAAACGACAACCGGCCCAUCUUCACAGAGUCGCGCUACACGGGAGAGGUGCUCGAGGGAUCUCCUACAGGAACCACAGUGAUGACGAUGACGGCGUACGAUGCCGACGACCCUGGCACCGACAACGCAGCUCUGCGCUACAACAUCAUCAGACAGUCUCCAGACAAACCAUCACCCAACAUGUUCUACAUCGAUGCAGAAAGAGGAGACAUUGUCACCGUCAUCUCUGCUGCCUUACUCGACAGAGAGACACUCCCAACUACAACCUACGAGUUGGAGAUUGUGGCCAAGGACAUGUCAGGAAGCGAGGUGGGCCUUACAGGAACAGCGACGGCCACCAUUACCAUUACAGAUAAGAACGACCAUGCCCCCGAGUUCACACAUCCGCUGUUCGAGGCGCAUGUGUACGAGGGCUCGACAGGAGUUGUGGUUAACCUGACGGUCGACGACAGAGACGACCCGGCCACUGGGGCGUGGAGAGCUAUUUACUCGAUAAUCAGCGGGGAUCCUAAACACAGAUUUGAGAUCCAAACCAAUCCAGACAAUAAUGAGGGAAUGUUGUCUGUUGUCAAGCCUUUGGACUACGAGGCCACUUCCUUCCAUUCGUUGCUAAUCAGAGUAGAGAACGAAGAUCCUUUGGUUCCUAACGCCGGUUAUGGCCCCAGCUCCACGGCCACAGUCCAGGUCACGGUUGAGGACAUCAACGAGGGGCCGGUGUUCCUCCCAGAUCCUUUGUUUGUCACCAGGAUGGAAAACAUUCCCGUAGGCAGCUUUGUAGCUUCACUCAAUGCUACGGAUCCAGACAUACUAGAGAUGCAGAGCAUCAGGUAUGCUGUUCUGAGUGACCCAGCAGGCUGGCUGAGUGUGAACCCAGUCCGAGGAACUGUCAACACCUCAGCCUCACUGGACCGAGAGUCUCCUCAUGUCCGCGACAAUAAAUACACCGCUCUCUUCAUCGCAACCGAUAACGGCAACCCUCCAGCCACAGGCACAGGCUCGUUGAUCAUUUAUCUGGAAGACUACAAUGACAACGCCCCCUACGUCGUACCAUCGGUAGCACAAGUGUGUGAAGACGCCCACGACAUGAAUGUUGCUAUAGUUGGUGGUUGGGACAAAGACCUCCCACCCAACGCUGCGCCCUUUAAGAUAGAACUGGGAAAGCAGCCGGGCCUGGACAAAACGUGGAGGGUUACCAGGCUUAACUCCACACACUCCCAAAUCAUGCUUCUACACAGUCUGAAGAAAGCCAACUACCAGCUCCCGUUGCUCAUCACAGACUCAGGGGUGCCCCCUUUGUCCAACAACACAGAGGUCAAAGUUCAGGUGUGCAUCUGUACAAAGAGCAGGCGAUACUGCAGCUCUGGCCACUCCCACCGCAUCAGCCUUCCUGCGCUGCUCGCCACACUCCUGCUCGUCCUACUCUGCCUGUAGAUUCUGCUGAAAUCUCUCAUAGUCCCUCUGCAACACUGAACAGCAACGACUUAUCUCCCUCACGCGGCCCGGCUUAGGAGAGAAGAAGAAGGAGAGGCUGAAGGAAAUCUUCUCACCACGACAAAUCAAACGAGCAAACACACGAUAUCCUCACUGGCACAACCACGGUUUGGCUUUCCUCUCUCAUCCUCCGCCACUCUCUCCUGGUUGCAUCUGUCCUGCUCUACCUCAGUCUUCUCUCAUCUCAUCUGAUGUCCCUCUCCUUCUAUGACUGACUUUCACUCUGUCCAUUCUCUCCUUUCACGUUGGGCUUCUCCCCCCAGAGUAUUUGGUUUUCUCUCCUCUGUGUUGCACUGACAGGCGUACGCUGGCUGUUAGCAGUGUUAACGGCCGCUGUAGGAGAUACUUGAACCAACAUGUAUAUUGAUAUUGUAUCAGAACAGAAUCUAUUCCACAUCAGAUCUCUUUGCUCCUCGUAGUUCAUCUCAAAGUUCUGGCUCGUACCUUUUUGCCCUCUUCUCCUGAUCUUGGCUACCUCCGUAGUUCUGCUGUAGCCUCCCGUUUCUUUUCCGUCCCUAUGCAUAGACAUCUUUCCAGCAUAGACGCGCCCCGCCCUCCUGUGCGUCUGUUCACCUCUUCAUCUCCGACUCGACCAGGUAAAACUGCUGCCCUGGUCGUUGGAGAGCGUUGACUUGUUGACGUGUUCCUUUGUUUUCUCGUCACAGACUGUGUUUGGUCUUGUUUCGCCGAGAGAACGAAGCCCGUUUCCUUUUGUCUGCGGUGGUUUGUGGUGUUUUAGGACGAGGUUGUAGCCAUAAGCCUUCAAAGUAAGAAACUCUGGAGUCGAUUCUGCGAUUUGCUUUUUGUUUUUAUUGCAUUAUUUGUCAUGGAGUGGAAAACAGUAUAUCCUUGCAGUAAUGGUGUAAAACUUAAAAAAGGUAUUAUUAAAUAAAUAUUUUAUUUUUUACCAUUGUAUAAAUAUACAGUAUUGAUUAACUUAUGUACUUUUUUUGCUAGUUCUUUGAUCACCCCCACAGUCAGUGAGUCACAAAUGAGGAAACCUUUCUUUCUGUGAGUUUAGGUAUUAUUUCUAAUGCUAUUGCUGUGUUCUCUAUUUUAUUGUAACAUCUUUCUUAUUUGUUUGUUUUUGUGCUUGUUUACUCCUUUAAAAUCUGUGAUUGAUUGCACAAUCGGGAGUGUGGUUUUGUUGACUGCCUUUGUGUUUGGAUUUGAUUUGAUCUCCCGUCGGUUCUGCCUCUCCCCUUCUGUGUCCAUCUUCAUUCCAAGUCACAGGAAGUUUGUGUGAGAAGAAAACAAAGACUGUGCUUUUGUGGCUAGUUUAGCCUUUUUCUCUUGCGCUCAUCUGAAGAACUUGGCGUGUAUGGGUUUUUUGGAAGACCACCUUAAAGAAAAGAUGACAUUUGAAUGAGUUACGUCUGUCUUUUGCACUAAUUUAAUAAAGCCGUUACUGAAAGGUG